UUUGUAGUUUCUGCAGGAACGCUGCACUGUCCAAAGCGAGUCGGAAACAGGCAGACCAUUCGGAAAGCUACGCUGAUAAUCGCAUGGAGAAUGCACUCACGUGCAACCUGGCCAAAUGCCGAAAGAAACUGACCACGGUUGCUUGGGUCACUUCCUGCUCUCAUGUCUUUUGCGAGGAAGACGCUUCGCGGGAGCUGGCCGCUCGCCCCGUCUGCCCGGCGUGCGGCGUUCAACUGCCGGGAAAGUUUGACUUGGUACGCGUGGAUGUCGACCCUCCUGAGCACUUCCGAACGAUGGUGCUGGCUGGCUACAGCCCGGAGAUCAUCAUGGACGCGUGCUCGCGUGCCCUGGCCUUCUGGUCGUACCAGAUGGCGCAGCAGGGGUCCUGUCUGGAGACCUCCCUCGAGCGCAGCCGCCAGAGGGCAGCACAACUGGAGCAGGCCGUCGAGAGGACCACGCGGGAGUGCAGGGCUCUGAAGGAACACUUGCAGGUUGCUGAGCGCGAGAACGCCAAGCUGCGCCAGUACAGCGAGGACCUGCGCGACGAGCUCGAGAGGAGGAAUGGAGCGGCAGGAAUGGGGGGAUGUGUACGAGUGCCUUCAGCCCCUGCCGCCGCCGCAGCUCCCAUCGGUCCGCCGCCUGAACCGACGCAUCUGGACGCUAUAUUCGAGGCCGACGCUCAAGGUGGCUUCUUCUUCCGGCCGGUCCAGAAUUCACGUCCCGUGAGACAAACCAAGCCAUCUUGCUUCGAUCACCAGUGAAGAUUUAGUCUUGUGCCUUCUCACUUUAUUCAACGCGACGAAAACUUUCCCAAUUAAGCAAUUGCAUUAAUUCUUCA